AUGGUUAGUCACUCCGUCCCACUCGCUGCCCAAUGGUCCCUCACCACUACGAACGCCUGCAACUUCACCACUUCGAGGCACGCCGCGAACAUGACUGGUCCAAUCCUGCAGGAGAUUGACUGGAAGCUUUCACAGAGCCAGGCAGUCCUUCUACAACCACACCCCGCCGGCACCAACCAUGCAAAGUGCUUCGAGGGCGGAAAAAUCCAGGCGAAGGGAGGAGUCGAUACGGAUGCGGCCCCUUCCGCACCUGCAAAACCUUUCGUGCUCCUGACGGCACGUCCAUGCUGGAAUGCGGCAAUUGCCGGUGGCAGCACAAGGUGUGCGAAAAGAGGAGAGGCACGUAGAGGCAAAGCUGGUGGAGGUGACGGUGGUGGCAGCAAGACACAAGCUGUGGCUCUGCCGGUGCUGCCGAUACUGCUGCUGCUGCCAAUUCUGCUAGUGCUGCCAAUGCUUGCUGUUGCUAGCAGCCAGGCUGCUGUUGCCGCCUAA